AUGACGUUCAGCCAGUCUAGCAGUGUCACGCCUGCCCCACUUGACUCCGCUUGGCCCCCGGCCCACAUUUGGGAAACCAUGGGCGCGGCGGACCGCGCCAGUUGGCUAGGACAGAUACAGAGAGACAGGGCCAGGCGCCUCGAAAUGGAUGUAGCGGAGACAGACCUCCGCCACAGAAGGCCUCGUGUGGACCUGCAAGGUGACGAGAAUUUCGAGGAAAACCGUGAGCCACCCCCUGAAGUCAAACCACUCAUCGACAUAUUUCCGGGUGUCUCCGCCGCCCUUCUUACUCGCGUUUUCGAGAGGAAGUUGAAGGCGACUGAACUCAUACGCUUCAAAGAGAAGUCAGUCACCGAGCAAGAUCAUGAGGACAGGGUCUUCAAGAUGACCGAGUCCGGAGGCACAGUAGGCUUCAGGAAAGCAGCGGCAUCGCUUAAGGAUUGGGGCCCCAACCCUCAAACAUGGACGAGCUGCUUCCUUACAUACCUAGCCGUCAUAGGACAUCUCUUCGGCGAGAAACAUCCAAAGGCAGUUCCCAACCUACUUAUGUUCAUGAGGCAGAUCCUAGAUCUCGCUCAAACAUAUCAGUGGUCAGAGGCAGUACUGCCGCUCGCCCUUAACUUCCACCAAUACAUUCUGGAUAAAGGAGAGCUAUCGACGGAGAACAACCUCGUCACAGCCCCAUUUCGCGAAAAGUAUCUCCGUCACAAUCUUACUUUGCCUGCGAACUCACCGGCAAAACCUUCAGCCAGACCUCACCAAACAAGGUCUACUAGGUCUUCAAAUAAUGAAACCGAGGUGUGCGAUAAGUUCAACACCACAGGAUGUCUCUGGGAAGGCUCCAAGAGACGUCAUGAGCCGAAUACUGCUAUCCAAUACCCCGUUUUCAACCCGGAGCUCCCAAAGCUACAGUUCUCUUCGUCACCACUAUAUGCAAAAGGCUGGAGCAACCUCCCACGCUACUAUCCAGGCGAUCUCAGGUCUACUAUCACUGGCAUCCUGACCUACGGCGUCCAGAUCGGAUAUAGGGGCAAGAUGCAGUUUUAUCACUCCUCCAACCAUCACAUACACGAACCCGAAAUGAUCUCGGCCAAACUAGCAGAGGACCUCAACCUCGGUCGCAUUAGAUUGGCCUCUAUCGAAUACAUAACAAUCGAUGAUAUCUACGAGCAGGUCACACAAGCUGGCCCAGGUUGCAUAAUCAUCAAGAGGGAUAUCAAGGACGCCUUCCGAAUAGUCCCUGUUGCUGAGGAUAACCAGCAUCUCCUUGCCUUCCAGUGGAACGAUUCUACUUAUGUCGAAUGCUGCCUCCCCUUUGGCCUCGCUACGGCCCCAUUUCUCUUCAAUCUCUUCGCCGAGGCUCUCCAUUGGAUACUCCAAUGCCUCCUUCCUAUAUUCUAUAUCAAUCAUUACCUAGACGACUUCAUCGCAAUUAUUCGGUCCUCCUCACUGUCCGACCCUAUGGGUCCCUUUAAUGAGGUUUACAACGGGGUCACCGACUACCUGCGUAUCCCCCGCAAUACCAAAAAGGACCAGCAAGGGACAUGUGUGACAGUCUUAGGUAUCCAGAUCGACUCUAUUGCAAUGGAAGCUCGCCUGCCACCAGACAAGUUGUGCCGCGCCACAUUGGACGCCGCAGCUGCCCUGAGCGCAGCGAGUCUCUCCCUCAAGCAAACAGAGCGUCUCACAGGCUCAUUAGCCUUCUGUUCAAGAGUUGUCCGGCUUGGGAGGACAAGGCUACAGUCUCUAUACACCUUCCAAGCCGCCUUCCCACAUGGGAGGAGCGCGCGCCGCCGUAUCUCCCACGAGGUACGUGAUGAUUUGGAAUGGUGGAGGGACUCCUUGUCUCUUUUCAACGGCGUACUCUUAAUUGACCCCUGCCGCCGCUCUAUCACACAUCUCUACACAGAUGCCUCCAACACAGGCCAGGGACUCUUCUUCUUCUCAUCCAAGUCUAUAUCAGACUGCUGGCUGGCCCAUUGUCACCAGCUUCAUCCAAGCAAUGCUGCCUCACUGGCCCUUGCUCAAAACGCAUACGCGCACCAAGACGCACACGCGCACCAAGUCGCACACGCGCACCAAGUCGCACACGCGCACCAAGUCGCACACGCGCACCAAGUCGCACACGCGCACCAAGUCGCACACGCGCACCAAGUCGCACACGCGCACAUCAAUACCACCGAAGUAGACGCCAUUCUACAAGGCUUCCUACUCUUCAGCCACCAUUGGCUUCAUCAUACUCUAGUUAUCCACACGGAUAGCUCCACAGCCUACACAGGACUGAGUAAAGGCUUCCUGCAUGGACCUCUCGGUAUUGAACCGCCCGCGUGGUUCUCUUCGCGAGCUCCUCAGCUCAAUGCAGGCCACCUAAAACUGCUCUGGAGCGGCCUCAGCGCUAACACACGUUCCGUCUACCACUCUGUUCAACGCAAUUACGAAAAGCACUGUGCGCUACAAAAUCUCUCGGCUUGGCCAGCCUCAACACAGUCGUUAACCUCCUGGCUAACUUCACGACUCCUUGGGAAUUCAAACCAAAAGGCCGUCAAGCCCGAUACUGCACUCGCCGACCUAGCCGCCCUCCGGGCUUACCAUAUUGACAACUUCCUUGAGGAUAAACUCUUCGAUAACAAGCACUUUCGACGCCUUAUAGACGGCGCAAGAAGACUCAACCCAAUCACCAAAGUUCGCGUCAGAAAACCAAUUUCGCGUGACACCAUUACGAAACUCUCCGCAGGCCUAGCCACACUCCCGUCACAGUCCUUGGAGAUGACCGCAAACCUUCUAGACGACUUAAACUUCGCAACCGCUUGCCGGGUAGCAUUUGCUGGGUUCCUUCGCCUCGGAGAAUUUACCUACAAAACAGAAGAUCUCAGCACACGUCCUACCUUCUUAGCCACAAAGCUAACGCGCUCCGACGUCAGAUUCUCGUCCUCGUUAGACCACGUACAACUCACACUCAAGCGGAGCAAAACGGACCGACGCCACGAAGGAGCACAGAUCAUCCUUGCGAAAACAGGAGACGGAGCUUGUCCAGUUGAUGCGCUUCAGAGGCUACUACUUCUCGACCCCAAAGCGCCCGACGCCCCGUUAUUCUCCUUUCACAGAAGACCAUUCAAUCGCAACAACUUCCUCUCUACCCUAUCUACUAAGCUGAAAGCACUUGGGAUACACGCGAACGGCUACUCAGGCCACAGCUUUCGGAAAGGUGCGGCUCAACAUGCGCAUGAUAGUGGGAUCCUCGACGAUCAGAUCCAAUUACUCGGGAGAUGGACCUCGGAUGCAUUCAGGGUGUAUUUUACGACGAACACGUCUGUCUUGUACAAGCUCAAUCACCAGUUCCAAACAGGCUCGCCGGCUCCACUGUCUCUACUGCUUCCUCCACCGUCCCCUCCACCAUCCUAG